UUUUCGGGCAGCGUUAAGACCAAAGCAACAUCGUCAAAAUGUGUGACAAUUGACUUCUGACAGGCAUCUUCUCGAAAACUAUCCGGUUUUAUUGGAGCAAGACAUGUCACCACAAGCGCCUCUUCAUCUCUUUCGACAGCGAUCCUCCACCUUCCAAUUCUCACGCGCUUCCUCUCUACCCCGUUGAUUUCGACCUUUUCCAUCAACUAAUCCAACAACCAAAAAAAUCAUCUGGAUUUUAGGGCUUCUAUUGUUAUGGAGCAAGCUCCAUCUCCUCCGUCCCUAACGCCAAUUGAAGCUUAUCGGUCUGAGGAUACCGAAAUGGACGUGCAAAUUCCGGUGACCGAAGCUGAUCCGACUUCCUCCGUUUGGGACUGGGGCGAUCUCCUGGACUUCGCCAUAGACGAUGACUUCUCCAUCUCCUUUGACGACGAAAACUUAUCUCCUUCUCCGUUAGAAGCUCAAGCUCCAGAUACGGGUCCAGUUCCCGGACCCGAUCGUGUCAGGAAGCGGGACCCGAGGAUGACAUGUUCAAAUUUUCUAGCUGGUCGGGUCCCGUGCGCGUGCCCCGAGAUUGACGAGCAAAUCGAGAAGCUUGAAGAGGAAGAGGCAGGGGCGCCGGGAAACAAGCGAGCCCGAACUGGUCGGAUCGGGUUGGGGACAUAUAGGUGCCAAGUUCCCGGCUGCGAAGCGGACAUUAGCGAACUUAAAGGUUACCAUAGGAGGCAUAGAGUUUGUCUCCCAUGCGCGAAGUCGAGCUCCGUUUUGAUCGAUGGAGAAACAAAGAGAUAUUGCCAACAGUGUGGCAAGUUUCAUCUGCUGUCGUAUUUUGAUGAAGGUAAAAGGAGUUGUCGAUGGAAACUAGAGCAUCACAAUAUUAUACGGCGAAAGAAUUCUGUUGGUUCUAAGACUGCAGUCAAUAAAAAAUCUCAAGCGGCUGUGCAAAUUGAAGACAUUGCUUGUGAUGGUGGAGCUGGAAAAGAUGAUUUGAGCUUGAGUGGCCAGAUAGCUGAAGAACAACCAUCCUUUGAGUCUGAAAAUGGGACUCAUUGCUCAGUUCCCAUGUUGCAGAGCGUUAAUAAUGAUAAUAUUGUAACUCUUAAUGACACUGAAACAGAUGGAGGAAAAGAUCAAUCCAAGUUUUCCAUUUCUACUUCUUACCUUGACAAUAAGACUGCUUACUCAUCCAUGUGCCCUACAGGCAGGAUCUCAUUCAAGCUUUAUGAUUGGAAUCCGGCAGAAUUCCCACGAAGACUUAGGCACCAAAUUUUUCAAUGGUUGGCCAAUAUGCCUGUUGAGUUGGAAGGCUACAUCCGCCCUGGUUGCACAAUCUUGACUGUGUUUAUUUCAAUGCCAAAGAAUAUGUGGAUGAAGUUAUCUGAAAAUCCAAUGACCUACAUGCAUGACUUUGUCGUUACACCUGGAAGGAUGUUAUAUGGGAGAGGCUUCAUGACUAUAUACCUUAACAAUAUGAUUUUCCAAACCAGAAAAGAUGGAACUUCUAUGGUGAAAAUUAAUGCGGAGGUGCAGGCCCCAAGACUUCAUUAUGUUCAUCCUUCAUGUUUUGAGGCUGGCAAGCCAAUGGAAUUUGUUGCUUGUGGAAGUAAUUUGCUGCAGCCCAAAUUUCGGUUCCUAGUAUCUUUUGCUGGAAAGUAUCUGCCGUAUGAUUAUUGUGUUGCAACCACACAUGUUCAGAGUAAAGAGGAUUCUCCUAGUUGUGGUCAUCGAUUAUACAAAAUAUAUGUCCCUCAAACUGAUCCAAAUCUCUUUGGUCCUGCAUUCAUUGAGGUUGAGAAUCAGUCUGGAUUGUCAAAUUUUAUUCCUGUCCUAAUUGGAGAUAAGGAAGUUUGUUCUGAGAUGAAGUCAAUACAGCAGAGGUUUGAUGUAUCUUUUUUUCAGGAAGGAUCAAAAAUUCCUUCCUCUGGGUCGAUGUUUGAGGCAUGUGAAGCUUCAACUUUGCGACAAAGAGCUUAUUCUGAACUUCUUUUAGAUAUAGCAUGGUUAUUGGGGGAGCCUAAAUUGGAGAAUUUUCAAGAAAUUGUGGCUUCUUCUCAAAUUCAAAGAUUCAAUUGUUUAUUGAGUUUUCUCAUACAAAAUGAAUCAACAGUCAUUUUGAAGAAAGUAUUACUAACUCUGAAGAUUGUAGUGGAUAAAACUGGGUUUAAUGGAGCUAAUGAUUCUGAUAUAAGGUUAUUACGGAAAUAUAUGAAUUACGCUAGAGAUAUCCUUGGUAACAAACAUCAGAAAGGUGCAGGUCCCGUGCUUCUUUCAGAGUACAUCGAGCAAGAAAGAAAUUUGUAUUCUCAAAGCAGUUUCACAAAUGAUGAGUUAUCAGUUGUUCCAAAUGUUUCUCAGGAUUCGGAAGAAAGAACUAAUGGUAAAUUACAAACAACGAUGGCAUCAACUACUUUCACCAGAAACGAAGAAAUUAUCAUGAAUGUGAACCUUAGCAAAGAGUGCCCGAGAAAAUCGUGUAGCCCCAUUUUCGCUACCACAACACUGAGAUUUCGUCCUGCUGUAUUUGUAAUUGCUACAGCUGCUAUCUGCUUAGCGAUGUGUGCAGUCUUUUUCCACCCUAAUAAAGUUGGUGAGUUUGCAGUUACAAUACGCAGGUGUUUGUUGAACAAGGUCUUAGAUGUUGAAUGAGGUCUAGAUCUCAUAUGUGAACAUUUAAAUGUAUGUUAUGCUUGAUGAAAUCAGGUUGUCUGAAGCUUCAGCAUGUGAUUGUGCUGCUGCCCCAGUUUUGAAUUUGAUUUCUGAGAUUUAUUUGACCUUGUUUCCUCAAUCCAAGUCCAUCUGACAAAAUGGAGAAUCUAGAGUUUGUACAUGUAUGAAUGGUAACAUGAAAGUUGUUGAAUGGAGGAUCAGUGAGGGACCCUUGUUGUUCAUUGUAAAUCUUGAAAUUUAGAAGUUCUGAUUAAUCAGUUUUUGGUGUUUGUAUUUCCCUGUAUUAUCUUUUGUUUUCCACUUCUCUACCACUCAUGAAAAUUAAACAAUCAAUUAAAUCAAUGGUUUCACUAAC